CAAAUUGCUCCAAGUCGAUCGAUUUUUGCAACGCAUGACAGACGGCGGAGGACAACGCAGGCAUGCCACUGGAGCGGAGUCUGGAGCAAGGCAGCAGCGAGGCUGUGAAGCGGGUGAAGCAGCGGCUCUCCGGGUUUGAGACAGAGGCUGGAAGGCGAAAGGGCCUGGGGUUCCAGCCCAACGCAGGGGAUGUGUUCAUUGUGACCACGCCAAAGGCGGGAACCACAUGGAUGCAGCAGAUCUGUCACCAACUGCGCUCACGAGGAUCAAUGGACUUUGAGGAGAUUAGCGCCGUGGUGCCCUGGAUCGAGCUUGCACAUGACCUCGGCCAGGACCUGGAGGAGCCGCAGGUGGCCCAGCCGCGGUGUUUCAAGACCCACUGCUGGUACGACCACUGCCCCAAGGGCGGCAAGUACAUUGUUGUUGUGCGCGACCCUGCGGACGUCGCGCUCUCCUUCUACAAGUUCUUUGAGGACUGGUUCUUCGAGCCGGGCGAGGUUGGCCUGGAGGAGUUUGUGCGCGAGUUCUGGCUUGCGCGCGGCGUGCCAGAGUCCGAGAUGCAGAACGCAAGCUACUUCCACCACCUCAUCUCCUGGUGGCAGCACGUGGGCCGCGACGACGUUCUCUGGGUCUUCUUCGAGGACAUGAAGCAGGACCUGCGCUCUGUUGUGCAGCGCGUCGCCGCGUUUAUGGGCAUCCCCGAUGCAGACGACGCCCUCAUCGACAAGGUUGUGGAGCACUCCUCCUUUGAGUUUAUGAAGGCGCACGAGGCCCAGUUUGAUGAGCACCUGAGCAAGCUCCGGCGAAACGCCGCCUGUGGGUUGCCGCCGGACGCCGGGAUGCGCCACGGCAAGAUCAACCGCGGCGAGAGCGGCGCUGCAAAGAAGACGCUGCCUGCAGAGGUGCUGGCCGACAUCCAUGCCAAGUGGAAGCAAGUGGUCGCUCCAGUCGUUGGCUGUGACACAUACGCCGCAUUUCGUGACAAGGUGCACGCCCAGCAACAACAGCAACAGCAACAACAGCAAGCAUAGCGUGCUGUGUGUUGUGUGUGUGUGUGUGUUGUGAGAGAAGUUUGUGUGUACAUGUGUUGUGCGUUUGUGUGUCUGUGUGUGUGCAUGUGUUGUGAGAGAGUUUGUGUACAUGUGUUGUGUUGUGUGGCAUCUCGCAGUGUCGCAGUGUCGCAGUGACGACGGCGAGGAACGGCGAAUAUUCACGAAUAAUAAACGACACUUUUCCGUG